AUGCCGAACAUCAAGAAAGUGUUACGACGGAUCAAAGACUGCAUGCCGUGCAUCAAUCCAUCCCCGAUGGAAGAAAACUUAUUCAUGAUACGUAAUAUUGCUCAGAAAGAUAUUGACUGGACGUUUUAUCCUACACUGGUUGAAAUUUACACUUGGUUGGAUUCAAUUAUAGAACAAAACCCCAAAGUAGUUAGUAGCUUUCACAUCGGUCGUUCGUAUGAAGGUCGUUUAAUAAGGGGCAUUAAAAUUUCCUUUAAACGCGGCAAAAAAGCAAUUUUCAUUGAAUCGAAUAUCCACGCGAGGGAAUGGAUAACGUCAGCCACUGCCACUUAUAUAAUUAAAGAAUUAUUGCUUUCCAAUAAGCCUGAUGUACGCAAAAUGGCCGAAAGUCUUGACUGGUACAUUGUACCGGUAUUAAAUGUAGACGGGUUUGAUUAUUCACACGAGAAGGACCGAACGUGGCGGAAGUCGAGGAGACCUGUGAAUGACAAAAGUGUCGGCAUCGAUUUAAAUCGUAACUUCAGUUAUCGAUGGGGAUGGAGAAAGGCUGGUCCCUCUUCAGUACUAUACCCUGGUCCUCAUCCUGAAUCUGAGCCAGAAACUAGGCAAUUGGUAGACUUCAUCAAUAAGGGAAUACCAAAUGGUAGUAUUGUGAUGUAUGUGGCUCUGCAUGCAGCCGCCCAAUGUAUACUUUGCCCGUGGACCCAUACAAGAACACCUCCAAAAAACUACAAGGAAAUGAUGUCUGUUGCGAAAGCUUUCACUGAAGCUUUGGCUGUUCGUUACGGCACUCAAUAUAAAUGCGGUAGCAGUGCUACAAUAUUGCAGAAAUUCUCCGGCGGAAGUAAAGAUUGGGCUUACGCUGUAAAAGGAAUACCAUUAACUUUCACCAUAGAAUUACCUGGUAGAGGCACAAAAUCCCGUUUUGCGUUACCAAAUAAAAGAAUUUUGCCUAUCGGCAGAGAAGUAUUGGACGGCUUUGUUGGAAUGAUUGGAGCCGUGAAGAAACUUGGCUACAUUUAA